AUGCAGGAUGUAUGGAUUUUUAGAAGAUUUGUAGCUUCUAUCGUAUGUAGCGCAUGUUUUCGGAAGGCACUGAAACCGGUGAAUUUGGAACAGCCAAGCUCCGAGGAAAAACCAGAGCAGCCGGCAUUUCCGUUCGCGAAAAGCAUGAAAGUUGUGAAAUUGGCUGAGGUGAAAAUAGUAAAGAAGAAGGAAGUGGAGGCGAAGGGUAAGAAGAAAAUUUGA